AUGUCUGAAAGCAGUGAUCAUAAAAGGUCGUUAGAGGAGCUCCAGGAGAGUAACCAAGUGCUGGCGCUAGCUGUACAGCGAACCAGGUUGGCGGUCAAAAGACUAAGAUUGGAAUAUGGAACGCUUCUAGAACGACUAGAAAGUCGAAUUGAUAAGGACCCAGAGUUGUGCUACGAAGAUCCGUUGCCUUCAUUAGAGAGUUUCAGAACGCAAAUUUUAGAGGACACACCCAAAUCCAAGAGCAAAAGAAAAAAGGGAAAGGAAAGAGAUCCAAAUUUGCCGAAGAGACCUACAAAUGCUUACUUGCUCUUUUGCGAAAUGAACAAAGAGUCCAUGAAACAAAGUGCAGGCCCCAAUGACGUUUCUAAAGCUCUCACGGAUGCCUGGAAAGGUCUCGAUGAGAAUGGCAGAAGGCCCUAUUACGAUUUAUACAGCGAGGACCGCGACAGAUAUCAAAGGGAAAUGCAGGCAUAUGCAAGAAGCAAAAACGCUAAUACCAAACCCUCGAAGAAGAAUGACGACGACGAAGAGGAGGAAGCUGACGAAGAUGACGAUACCGACGGAACUCAGCCAGAUGUCGAUGCCACCACUGACAUACCCACCAGUGAGGCUUAA